AGAAAAAAAGCAAUACAAACAACGGCAAAAAAAAAAAAAACAUAAUAUUCAAAACAAAGGCCAGCGAGACACCUAGACGCUUGCAUUGCACAUGUGCAUGUGUGUGUCGGUGUGCGUGCCCGUGUCCGUGUCCGUGUCGGUGUGCGUGUGGUAGUAGUAGUAGUAGUUCGUGGUGCUGUUACCCGUUCCCCUCCUGCUACCACCAUCCAUACACGAACCGGCAACUGGGGCUCCGGUGGGCGGCGGAUCCGUGAUUAACUGUUAUCACGUUGCCUUGCCCGCCAAUAUGGCGUGCCUUAACACACUAAAGCAAGAAAUCAAAACACUGGAGAAAAUCUUUCCGAAGAACCACGAACGUUUUCAGAUACUCAAUUCCAGCGUAGAUGAACUUUUGUGCAGGUUCAUCGAUAAGAAUGGCAAACGUUACGACAUACAUGCAAACAUAACGGAAACGUAUCCAUCAUCGCCGCCAGUUUGGUUUGCCGAAAGCGAGGAGACGAGCGUUACAAAUGCCGUGCAAAUCCUUAGCAACACAAAUGGUCGCGAUAAUCAUGUGAUUAAUCAGGUUGGCAUAUUGCUACGCGAGCUAUGCCGUUUACAUAAUGUUCCACUGCCACCCGAUAUUGAUAAUUUAACGCUGCCGCUACAGACGCCGCCGCCCUCCGCAUCGCCGUUACGCUUGGAGCGUUCCGGCGGCGGGGGCGUUGGCGGUGGGCCGGGGCCGCAUGGCAACGAGGAGACCGACUCAGAUCAGGACGAGAUUGAGGAUCCGAUCGGUGAGAGCGAACAGGAGAGCGAGGGCGACGAGGAUCUACCAUUGGAAAUGGACGAUGUACGGAAUACAAAUAAACAGAAAGAUGACAUGGAGGUGGAACAUUUAGCGACUUUAGAAAGACUGCGUCAAAGUCAAAGACAAGACUAUUUAAAAGGUUCAGUUUCUGGUUCAGUGCAGGCAACCGAUCGCCUCAUGAAGGAACUACGUGAUAUUUAUCGGUCCGAUGCGUUCAAGAAGAACAUGUACUCGAUUGAGCUGGUUAACGAUUCCAUAUACGAAUGGAAUAUACGCCUCAAAUCUGUCGAUCCGGACAGUCCCCUGCACAGCGAUCUGUUGCAGCUAAAGGAGAAGGAGGGCAAGGAUAGCAUACUGCUGAAUAUACUGUUCAAGGAGACAUAUCCCUUCGAGCCGCCCUUUGUUCGUGUCGUGCAUCCCAUCAUCUCAGGUGGCUAUGUGCUGAUCGGCGGUGCCAUUUGCAUGGAACUGCUGACCAAACAAGGCUGGAGUUCCGCCUACACAGUCGAAGCCGUGAUCAUGCAAAUUGCCGCGACGCUGGUCAAGGGCAAGGCGCGCAUACAAUUUGGUGCUACCAAGCAGGCGCUCACCCAGGGCCAAUACAGCUUGGCACGGGCCCAACAAAGCUUCAAAUCUCUGGUGCAGAUCCACGAGAAGAACGGUUGGUUCACGCCGCCAAAGGAGGAUGGCUAAGGUUUGUUUGUCGUUUAAGAGUUGUUCUAAUAAGCUUAAGGGGGAACGGACGUAUGCCAAAUUCGUCGCCGCGCUCAUCCGUAUAAAAAAAAAAAAAUAAAAAAAACCCAACCCAAAAAAUACCAGACACAUGCGGCCAGAUAGGCCACAUCCGAGUGUAUCAGUAGUAGAAGAAGCAGAAGCAGACGCCUCAGUCAGAGCCGGCGCAGCGACAGCCACAGCCACAGCAGAAGCAGCAGCAGAAGCAACAGGAAAAAAAGAAGAAGAGAAGCAACAUGCAAAAUCGAACCCGCCAUUCAAACAUUAUUUCUAUAAUGAACGUUGCCGUCGUCGUUCACGUCGUUAAGUUCUGCAAUUUGUGUAUACUUGAUAAAUACAUGCAUAUAUGCAUAUACACACACACACACAUACAUAUACACAUACAUACAUACAUAAUGCAAAUAAAUCGAAUUAAGAUUGUAAUCUAGAA